UUGCUACGAAUCCAUUGUUGCUUUGCAGGUGAUGGUCGCUGUGUGAUCUGUGAUUCAUACGUACGUCCGUGUACAUUGGUUCGAAUUUGCGAUGAAUGCAACUAUGGAUCAUAUCAAGUAAAUUACUUCUUUUAUACCUGUGAUGGUCGCUGUGUGAUUUGUGAUUCAUACGUACGUCCGUGUACUUUGGUUCGGAUUUGCGAUGAAUGCAACUAUGGAUCAUAUCAGGGACGGUGCGUAAUCUGCGGAGGCUCUGGUGUAAGCGAUGCAUACUACUGCAAGGAAUGUACGAUAAUGGAGAAGGAUCGCGAUGGUUGUCCCAAAAUCGGACGGUGCGUAAUCUGCGGGGGCUCUGGUGUAAGCGAUGCGUACUACUGCAAGGAAUGUACGAUAAUGGAGAAGGAUCGCGAUGGUUGUCCCAAAAUUGUUAAUCUUGGAAGCGCCAAAACAGACCUAUUUUAUGAAAGGAAAAAAUAUGGUUUCAAAAAAACCGCCUGACA